UCCUUCUGUCAGGUCUCUCGCUUACAGUGUCGAGAGGGUAUUAGCGAGUCUCAUCUGUAUUCUUCCACGCGGUGCCCUCCUCCCCUACAGGCGUGUUUUGACUUGACAAAGUUGCGCGUGCUUCCUGGUUUGAAGCACUAUGACCUCAGGUACGUCGCAAAACUCCAACAACAACUCACUUCUGCUUGUCGGACCUCUGUGCUUUACAUUUCUAAUUGCACAUCCAACCAGGGAUUACAUUUUUGUAGUUUUUUUCCCCUUUGCGUGAUUCUCAACUCUACCGAAAUGCAUUUAUACUUCAACUGUGGGUGAAGCGCGUGCCUACACCCGCUUUAUCAGGAAGAGUCUGCAAGAAAAGUGUCCGGGCUUCCUAAGACCAAACUGAAGCAUCCAGACUGCGGCGUGCUCUAAAUAGCAAAGAUGUCUGAUUCAGCGUCCAGUUUUCUGCAUAUAGGGGACAUUGUCUCGCUGUAUGCAGAAGGAACUGUCAAUGGUUUUAUAAGCACACUGGGGCUGGUGGAUGACCGUUGUGUCGUGGAGCCAGCUGGUGGAGAUCUAGACAACCCUCCCAAAAAAUUCAGAGACUGCCUCUUUAAGGUUUAUCCCAUGAACCGAUAUUCUGCCCAGAAGCAGUUCUGGAAGGCUAAACAGGCAAAGCAUGAGAAGGAUAAGAUUGGAGAUAUGGUGCUUCUUCAGAAAUUACAACAUGCAGCUAAUUUGGAACAAAAACAGAAUGAGGCUGAGAACAAAAAGGUCCAUGGGGACGUGGUAAAAUACGGCAGCGUCAUUCAGCUCCUGCACAUGAAGAGUAACAAGUAUUUGACGGUGAAUAAGCGUCUCCCAGCAUUGCUGGAGAAGAAUGCUAUGCGUGUCACUCUUGAUGGGACGGGGAAUGAGGGCUCCUGGCUUUUCAUUCAGCCUUUCUGGAAACUCAGAGCUAAUGGAGACAAUGUGGUAGUUGGAGAUAAGGUGAUCCUGAAUCCUGUAAAUGCUGGACAGCCUCUCCAUGCCAGUAAUUAUGAGCUUCCUGAUCAUCCAGGGUGCAAAGAGAUCAACUCAGUGAACAGCAACACCAGCUGGAAGAUCAAUCUGUUUAUGAUGUUCAGUGACCACAAAGAUGAAGUCCUUAAGGGAGGAGAUGUGGUAAGACUCUUCCAUGCAGAACAGGAGAAGUUUCUGACCUGUGAUGAGUACAAGUCAAAGCUACAUGUGUUCCUACGCACAACUCUACGUCAAUCUGCUACUUCAGCCACCAGCUCCAAUGCAUUAUGGGAGGUGGAGGUGGUUCACCAUGAUCCAUGUCGUGGAGGAGCAGGACAUUGGAACAGCCUCUACCGAUUCAAACACUUGGCCACAGGAAACUAUCUUGCUGCUGAGGAGAACCCAGGCUACAAAGAAAACAUCAGUGAUAUAGAGGUGGACAGUAGCCGUAUCAAGAGAAGCCUUGGAGAAAGGAUAAAAUACAAGCUCGUAGCAGUGCCUCAUGGGAAUGACAUUGCCUCUCUGUUUGAGCUGGACCCCACCACACUGCAGAAGACUGAUUCGUUUGUGCCAAGAAAUUCCUAUGUCCGAUUCCGUCAUCUGUGCACAAACACUUGGAUCCAAAGUACCAACAUUCCCAUUGACAUUGAUGAGGAGAGGCCCAUUCGAUUAAUGCUGGGAACCUGUCCCACUAAAGAGGACAAAGAAGCCUUUGCCAUCGUCUCUGUGCCGGUCAUGGAGAUUAGAGAUCUAGAUUUUGCGAAUGAUGCCAGCCUCAUGUUGAGCACCGUAGUCGACAAGUUCAACUCUGGUUUUCCCAGUCCUAAUGACAGAAGGUAUGCCAUUAAACUGCUGGAGGAUGUGGUUUUCUUUGUUGUCGAUCAGUCUAAUAAUGGCCAGCCUGCCCUGGAGGUGACGAUGAGCAAGCCCAACCGAGAGAGACAGAAACUUAUGAGAGAGCAGAACAUUCUUAAACAGAUAUUUGGGAUCAUUAAAGCCCCAUUUAAACAGAGGGGCACCGAGCCUCCUCUGCUGACACUGGAAGAGCUGUCUGACCAGAAAUACGCCCCCUAUCAGUACAUGCUCAGACUGUGCUACAGGGUGCUGCGUCACUCACAGGAUGACUAUCGUAAGAAUCAGGAGCACAUAGCCAAGCAGUUUGGAAUGAUGCAGUCACAGAUCGGCUAUGAUAUUCUGGCUGAGGACACCAUCACAGCCCUGCUACACAACAACCGCAAACUGCUGGAGAAACACAUCACUAAAACCGAGGUGGAGACCUUUGUCAGUCUGGUCCGUAAGAACAGGGAACCCAGGUUUCUGGACUAUCUGUCAGACUUGUGUGUGUCCAAUAAUGUUGCAAUCGCAGUAACUCAAGAGCUGAUCUGUAAAUGCGUGCUGGAUGCCAAGAACCAAGAUAUUCUCAUGAAAACUGAGCGGCGAGCCGCUAAGGACACACAGCAUACCUCUGAGUACAUGGAAGAAUUUGGAGAGGAGGAUGAAGUUUGGCUGAUCUGGUCUGAGAAGGAGAAUGAGACCCAUGAGAAGAGCAUUCGACAGCUUGCCCAAGAGGCCCGCCAAGGAAAUGUGCAUGACGAAAAUGUGCUGACAUAUUACAGGUACCAGCUCAAACUAUUUGCACGAAUGUGUUUUGAUCGUCAGUAUCUGGCCAUAGACGAGAUCUCAAAGCAGCUGGAUGUGGAGCUGAUUUCCCUCUGUAUGAUGGAUGAGGCUCUUCCCUUUAACCUGCGGGCGUCUUUCUGUAGACUCAUGCUACAUGCACACGUUGACCGUGACCCUCAGGAGCUUGUGACACCCAUCAAGUUUGCACGCUUGUGGGCUGAGAUCCCCACCUCUAUCAGCAUCAAAGAUUAUGACUCUCACCUGGACUAUUCACGUGACAAUAAAAAGAACAAGUUUGCCAAUACGAUGGCUUUUAUGGAAGAGUACCUCAACAACGUUCUCAUUGAUGACCUGCCUUUUGCCAAUGAGGAGAAAAACAAACUAACAUAUGAGGUGGUGAGCUUGGCGAGACAUCUCAUCUACUUUGGGUUCUACAGUUUUUUCGAGCUCCUGAGGUUAACUCGUACUCUCCUGGGAAUCAUAGACUGCACUCCAAGUAAUGCUACGAUCAACCCACUGUUUAGUGAUGACGGCAGUGGUAAGAACGUCAGGCGCUCUAUUCAUGGCAUGGGGCAGAUGAUGUCCACCAUGGUGCUAAACAGGAAGCCGUCCCUUUUCUCCACCCCUGGUCGCCCUGGUGUUCUAGACAGCCAGGCUGGCAGUAAAGAUAGCAUUGACACACAGGACAUCACUGUCAUGGACACCAAACUGAAGAUCCUGGAGAUAUUACAGUUCAUCCUCAGCGUACGCCUGGACUAUCGGCUUUCCUUCCUACUCUCCGUCUUCAAGAAGGAGUUUGUGGAUGUCUAUCCUAUGGGUGAUGCGGAUGCAACACAUCAUACGGAACAUGAGGAGCUUCGUUCUGCUUCCAUCAACCUCCAGCACAUUGGAGAGCAGGCCGAGGCCAUGUUUGGAAUUGGUAAAGGAAACAGUAUUCUGGAAGUGGACGACGAAGGGGGACGAAUGUUUCUGCGUGUUCUGAUCCACCUCAUUAUGCACGACUACCCUCCAUUGGUUUCUGGGGCCUUGCAGUUGCUCUUCAAGCAUUUCAGUCAAAGACAAGAAGUCCUCCACACCUUCAAACAGGUCCAGCUCCUUAUUUCAACUCAGGAUGUUGAAAACUACAAGCACAUCAAACAAGAUCUGGAUCUUCUGCGCACCAUGGUGGAGAAGUCUGAGCUUUGGGUUAUUAAAAAAGGUAGCUCUGGGGGAGAUGGGAAGAAAGACAAGAAAGACAAAAAAGAGGCUGCACCGGUGUCUCCAGAGGAGGAAUCAGAUACUAAAAAACAGAAGGUUGAAAAGAGCAAUGAAAGCUACCAGAAUGUCAAAGAGAUUCUAGAGCGUUUGAAUAAAAUGUGCAGUUCAGGUGUAUUUAAGAAGCAACAGAGGCUGUUGAAGAACAUGGGCGCCCACAAAGUUAUGCUGGACUUGUUGCAGAUCUCCUAUGAUCGGAAUGACACCAAAAUGCUGGAGAUCAUCAAGUACACGCACCUGUUCCUGCAGAAGUUCUGCACAGGGAAUCUGGAGAAUCAGACACUCCUCCAUAAACACCUCAACCUCUUUCUCACACCUGGGCUCCUAGAAGCAGAAACAAUGCAGCAAAUUUUCAGUAAUAAUUUCCAGCUCUGUUCUGAGAUCAGUGAGUCUGUGCUGCAUCAUUUUAUCCAUUGCCUGGCUACACAUGGCCGCCACAUUCAGUACCUCAACUUUCUGCACACCAUCAUUAAGGCAGAGGGGAAAUAUGUGAAGAAAUGUCAAGACAUGAUCAUGACUGAGCUUACAAGUGCAGGUGAUGAUGUGGUCGUCUUCUACAACGAUGACACGGCAUUCGACACCAUGGUGGAACUGAUGACACAGUCGCGGGAAGGGGUGAAGGACGACAGCCCUCUGCGGUACCAUAUUUCUCUGGUAGAGCUGCUGGCUGCAUGCGCGGAGGGCAAAAACGUCUACACUGAGAUCAAGUGCACAUCUCUGCUGCCCCUAGAGGACAUGGUGAAAGUAAUCACACAUGAAGACUGUAUCACAGAGGUGAAAAUUGCCUAUGUAAACUUUGUGAACCACUGCUAUGUAGACACAGAAGUGGAGAUGAAAGAGAUCUACACCAGCAACCACAUCUGGAAACUGUUUGACAACUUCACUGUAGAUAUGGCCAGGGUGUGCUCCAACCGUGAGAAACGCAUGUCAGACCCUGUGCUAGAGAAGUAUGUGAUUCAGGUGGUUUUAGACACUGUAACUGCCUUCUUCAGCUCUCCCUUUUCAGAGAACAGCACCAGCACAGAGGCUCAUCACACCACUGUAAAACAGCUGCUACAGUCUACUAUGCGUCUGUUAGAUUGUCCCUGGUUACAGCCACAACAAAAAGCCCAAGUAGAGUCAUGCAUACGAACUCUGGCAAUGACGAUAAAGAGUCGCUCCAUUCCUCUGCCAGUGGAGUUGGAGGCUCAUGUCAACAUGAUGUUGAGUCACAGUAACUCCCUCUCACUGUCCCGCUCCGGCCACAGCAACAAAAACCUGUCACGCCUCACACGGGCUGCUGCUCCCACCAAUCCCUGGGACUACAAAAACAUCAUUGAGAAACUACAGGAUAUCAUUAACACACUUGAGGAGCGUGUGAUGCCAUUAGUUAAUGCAGAGCUGUCAGUGCUGGUGGAUGUGCUGCACCAGCCUGAGCUGUUGUUCCUGGAAGGCACGGAUGCUCGAGCUCGCUGUGAAUCAGGAGGCUUCAUAUCUAAAUUGAUUCAACACACAAAGGCCCUCAUGAAUUCAGAUGAGAAGCUCUGUAUCAAAGUCCUCAGAACCCUACAGGAAAUGCUCAUUCGUGAUCUGGAUUUUGAUGAGAAGUGUUUAUCUCAGAUGCUGCGGACAGAUUUUAACCAAGAAUAUUCCUUUGUGCUAUUUCCAGAGGGCUUUGCCUUAAGAAAGGUGUUACUCCAGAAUUACCUCUACAACAACAAAAAGAACAUAAAAGCAGAGCUUGUUGAACACGGAGGAGGUGUAGAGGGAGAGAGAGACUGGCUGGCAGUUGCAGCAUUACAGUGUCGUCUGGACAAAGAAGGUGGCACCAAACUUUUCACAGACCUCAUAACCAGCAGUAAGAAUGAGAAGAUCUUCCAGGAGAGCAUUCAGCUUGCCAUCUGUCUGCUAGAAGGAGGCAACACAGAGAUCCAGAACUCCUUCUACAAACUCAUGAUGGGAGACAACAAGUCAGAGAAAUUUUUUAAAGUGCUGAAUGACCGCAUGAAGAAUGCACAGAUGGACGUCAAAUCCACCAUCUCUGUCAAUGUGGGGGAAAUGACCAAUAAAGCCAAAGAUGACAAAGAUCUUGAGACAGGUGUAGUACCUUCCUUUGGCCAAUAUGAGCAGCAAUUUCAAGCCGAGCAACAGGAAGUAGAAACAGAAAUGGGCCCCUCUGUCACCAUCAUGAAACCCAUCCUGCGCUUUCUACAGCUGCUUUGUGAGAACCACAAUCAGGACCUUCAGAAUUUUCUUCGCUGUCAGAACAACAAAACAAAUUAUAACCUGGUGUGUGAGACACUCCAAUUUCUGGACAUUAUGUGUGGGAGUACGACAGGUGGGCUGGGUCUGCUGGGUCUUUACAUCAAUGAGAACAAUGUGGAGCUGAUCACACAGACCCUGGAGACCCUCACAGAAUACUGCCAGGGACCAUGCCAAGAGAACCAGACAUGCAUUGUCUCUCACGAGUGCAAUGGCAUUGACAUCAUCACAGCCUUGAUUCUGAAUGAUAUCAGUCCUCUCUGUCGUUACCGUAUGGAGUUGGUGCUGCAGCUCAAGGACAAUGCUUCUAAGCUGCUCCUCGCUUUGAUGGAAAGUCGUCAUGACAGUGAGAAUGCAGAGAGGAUCCUGUUUAACCUUCGACCCCGCGAACUGGUGGAGGUGAUAAAAAAGGCUUACCAGCAAGAGACUGAAUGUGAGGAUGGAGAAGUGUCACCAAGGGAAGUUGGACACAACAUCUACAUCCUGGCACUACAGCUUGCCCGACACAAUAAAUCACUCAUCACACUGCUUAAACCACAAAAGAAGACAAAAGAGGAAGAAGAGGAAAGCAUCUCAUCUAUGCUCAACUUGAACAAGCAGCAGCAGGAGGAGCAACAGGAGGAUCCAUUAGAGCACUAUGACCAUCAAACUGCUCAGAUUGAGAUUGUGCGGGAGGACCGCAGCAUGGAGCAGAUUGUGUUUCCUGUUCACCCCAUCUGCGAAUUCCUGACGGAGGAAUCAAAGUUCCGCGUGUUUACCACCACAGAGCAGGACGAGCAGGGCAGCAAGGUCACACACUUCUUCGAGCAGACCUCCUUCUUGCACAAUGAGAUGGAAUGGCAGAAAAAACUUCGCAGCAUGCCAGUGCUGUACUGGUUCUCUCGCCGAAUGUCUCUCUGGGGCACCAUAUCAUUCAAUCUGGCUGUGUUCAUCAAUCUUAUUAUUGCUUUGUUCUACCCACAUGACUCUGGUCACUCUGGCAGCAUAGACUCUUCGUUGCUGAUUAUGCUGUUCUGGUGUUUCGCUGGACUGGCUGUUUUGGGCCUGUUGUUCAAGCGCUAUGGGUUCCAGUCCCUCACCGUCGCCAUCACCCUGCGCUGCAUUUAUCACUUCGGCAUUGGGCCAAGUCUCAUCCUGCUGGGUGCUCUAAAUCUCAUCAAUAAGAUAGUGUUUGUGGUGAGCUUUGUGGGUAACAAUGGCACCUUCAUCAUGGGCUACAAAGCCAUGGUGAUGGAUGUAGAGUUCCUGUACCACUUGGCCUAUGUGUUAACUAGCACGCUGGGGCUGUUCGUCCACGAGCUCUUCUACAGCAUAUUGUUGUUUGAUCUGAUCUACCGUGAGGAGACUCUCUUUAACGUCAUCAAGAGUGUGACACGUAACGGCCGCUCUAUUCUCCUCACUGCUGUUUUGGCCAUCAUCCUGGUCUACCUGUUCUCCAUCGUGGGCUUUCUCUUCCUCAGGAAUGACUUCAUCAUGGAAGUGGACCGGCUUGCUAGCCCAGAUACAGCAGGUAUAGAUAACUCUGUCAGCAGCUGCAGUGCAGAUGGAUUGGACUGCACAGAGGAAACUGGGAUGGUUGCACCAUCAGAGGAAGAUGAAGACAACACAGAGAGAGCAUGUGACACUCUUCUCAUGUGUAUCGUUACGGUGCUGAAUCAUGGGCUGAGGAAUGGAGGAGGUGUGGGAGAUGUCCUGCGCAAACCCUCUAAGAAUGAGCCUUUGUUCCCUGCUCGUGUGGUGUAUGACCUUCUCUUCUACUUCAUUGUCAUCAUCAUUGUUCUCAACUUGAUAUUUGGUGUAAUUAUUGACACCUUCGCUGACCUGCGUAGUGAAAAACAGAAGAAAGAGGAGAUACUGAAGACCACCUGUUUCAUUUGUGGUCUUGAGAGGGACAAGUUUGAUAACAAGACAGUGUCAUUCGAGGAACACAUCAAAUUGGAGCACAACAUCUGGAACUACCUCUAUUUCAUAGUGCUGGUACGGGAGAAAAACAAAACGGAUUACACUGGCCCGGAGAGCUACGUGGCCCAUAUGAUUAAGAAUAAGAACCUGGAUUGGUUCCCACGCAUGCAGGCCAUGUCUCUGGUUGUAACGGAGGGAGAUGGAGAACAGAAUGAGAUGAGGAACCUGCAGGAUCGGCUCUCCUCCACCAUGAAAGUGGUCACACAACUCACAAGCCAGUUAAUAGAGCUAAAAGAACAGAUGACAGAGCAGAGGAAGAGAAGGCAGAGGAUGGGUUUUGUGGACGUUCAGUCUGGCUCAAACCCUGGGAUGCCUUUGCCUCCUAGCGCUGCUGGAGGAAAUCAUCAGGUCUACAAGACCUAAUUCCUCCAUCUAACAUUGCAUUGACUUUAUAGAAGCAAUAAUGUAAUCCUGUGAUGCCGGUGUACUUCUCAAUGUGGAAAAGUUACAUUCAACUGUUAAAACAGAUUGGAUCUACACACCCACAAAAGCACUACUUGACUCAAUAGUCAUUCUUUGAGGGGCUGAUUACCUAAAGGUCUUAUUAUGCACACAUUUUAUAUAUUUAAAAUAUACGUUUUUAUUUUAUUUUAUUUUAUUUUUCUUUUUAAAGAGCAUCUUUUGGUUAAGAUAUUUGAUAGCUUAUCUUCAAAAAUAUUGUUGGAUGUAAUGAUAAAUGUAGCAUUACUGUAAGUGAGGCUGAUGUGUUUUUAGAUAAUGAAUAAUUGUAGGCUAAUAUAGUCAAAUUGUUUAUUUUAAAGUGCACUGAUGAGAUUACACAUGCUGUAUUUAUAGGGAUGAGCAUCAUGUGUCUGGCUUGAUGAGAUGAUUUGGGGAAUAUCAUGAUCUGUCUUAACCAAAUUAUGAUGAAUGGGAAAUGCUACUAUAGAUGAAUCUGAGGUGUAUAACUGGCAUAAUGUAUAGAGCCGUGGUUAAAGUUCAGCUUUAAUUUUAAAGUCAAAGUGCCUAAAAAUGACUCAAAAAGGACAUAACUUUUGCUCAGGAAAAUAACAAAUUCUUAUUUAUCUUAUCUGUCAUUAAAAACCACAGUUUUGAGAACAUCCUAAUGGUUUUAAUAGACAUCCUGGAUGUAUAUCUGUGUAUUUCUCUAUUUAAUUAUUGUGUGACCAGGACUAAGUUACAAGUCACGUGCAUUUUUAUGGCCACAAAAAGAAUGCUGGAACAUUUGGCCUUAUUAACAGCCAGUGUGUAAUUAAACUGUUUGAUGUCAUAAUCCUCAAUUUGUUGCUAAUAUUGUUUAUGCUGGUAUGAAGAGCCUCACCAAGUUUGCACAAAAUACAAAAUAAAGCAUUUGGCCAUUUCA